GGACCAGAGGUAGCGGCCGGCUGCCUCAGGCAGGAGCUCUGGCCUCUCGCAGAAGAGGACUCGGAGGAACAGGUAACUUCGUUGCGCCGCCUUUCCUGGGAUCAACUAGAAUCCUCAACCCAAGGUCCUGUCCUCAAGGAAUUUCAUUGCUGCUCCUUGGGGUCCAAAAUCAACGGUGCCCCGUGCCAGCCACCUAGAACUGCGCCAAAUUUUGGGCACCAGGAUUUGAGAACAAUGGCUCUACAGCGGAUUCAGAAAGAGCUUGCGGAUCUUGCUCAGAACCCCCCAGCCCAAUUCUCUGCGGGACCUAUGGGAGAAGAUCUGUUUGUAUGGCAGGCGACCAUCAUAGGACCCAAUGACACCCCGUACCAGGGCGGAGUGUUUUCCUUAAUCAUUGCAUUUCCUUAUAGUUACCCGAUCUUCCCACCCAGGGUAACAUUCAAGACCCGAAUUUUCCAUCCGAAUAUUAGUAAACAUGGCACAAUCUGUCUAGAUAUCCUCGGGAACCAGUGGUCGCCAGCACUUACAAUUUCUAUGGUUCUCUUGUACAUCUAUAACGUGCUGUGCGAUCCCAACCCAAAUGAUUCCUUCCAUCCCGAGAUUGCCAAUCUCUACCUUAAGAAUAGGGCAGAGUAUGAAAGAAUAGCUCGGCGAUGGACUCAAAAGUAUGCCAUGUGAAAAUUCGGAGUCGAAUUUGUUUGCCAAAACAAUAAAGGCAAAAUUGGCAGUUCAGUUAA